AUGUUGGAACUCAGACUUCAAGCAUCGGUCCUCAAGGAAAUUCUGGUGUUCAUGGAGACGAUGAAGGUGAAUGGCGAGCAAUUCAUCGAGACGAUGAAGGUGUAUGGCAUCAACUAUUGCUCGCGAACUGAGCUCGUUGGUUGUUGGCCAACCGAGCUCUUCGAUUGCUCGCCAACCGAGCUCUGCCUCCAAGCCUUGGAUCCCAGCUAUUUGUCUCUGGUGGCCUUGCGGCUCAGACCUGACGCCUUCAAGCACUACCAAUGCGAUCGGCCCAUCUCUUUGGGAAUUGUCCUCCCAAGCAUGGCCAAGAUCCUCAACUUUGCGGUAAACGACGACGACGUCACCAUCAGGCUGACGAUGGUGAUAAUAGUGGUACUGCAGAACAAUAGUAUUGGCUGUAUUGCUAGUGUGGAUGACAAGCCUGAAGAAGAAGAAGAAGAAGAAGAAGAAGUAACAGUUAUAGAAAUGAACGAGCCGGUUUCGAUCGAAUAUCAGUUGAGCUGCUUGAAGCCGUUUACAGAAGCUAGCCCGCUGUCAAACACAUUUAGGAUUAACUUGUCUCGGCAGCUGCCAGUUGUGGUUGACUACAAAAUUGCAAAGACGAGUUAUUUUAGGUUCUACUUGACUCCUAUAGUCAAGGACGAGGACGGACGGCGUCCCUAG